AUGGCUGGCCAGAAACGUGCUCUAGAAGAUAACUCAUCCCGCAAUGUCAAAAAGCACAAACUCGCGAAGGACAGGUCAAAAGAUGUGCCGGAAAAGCCUGUUCAAUUGAUAUCAAAUCUCAUGAACGAGGAGGUCGACUUUCCUCGAGGAGGUGGAACUAGCUUUACAGCUGCAGAGGUCAAAGCUAUCCGAGCUGAAGCUACGCAAGAGGCAAACGAAGAGCUAUUUGCUGCGCCUGGAAAGUCUCAAAAAAAGAAAAGUAGAUCUGACGUCAAAAGCAAGGCGAGUGUUGCACCGAAGAAAGACGUAGUUCGCAUCGAGCAUCUCAAUUAUAAGCGCAUAGUUCCGGGUAUGAAGUUGCUUGGCCAAGUCGCAUCGAUACAACCGCUGGCUCUCAUUAUAUCCCUACCGAACCAGCUCAUGGGUCACGUUCCAAUCACACAGGUUACCUCUCAGUUGACUAGUCGUCUCGAAUCAAUGCAUGAACAAGAAGAGCCUUCAGAUACAGAAUCCGUUGACGACGGCGAAUCCGAUUCUCAGACGGAGGUGCCGGAUCUGUUUCAACUCUUUCGUGUGGGACAAUACGUCCGUGCAGUUGUGACCAAUGUGCAUGCAUCAGGGUUUACGGACGUUUCUGCCAUCGGCAAAUUAAGGGAUGAUGCUGCGAAAACCAGUCGUCGCAUUGAGUUGAGUCUUGUGCCCAAGACAGUAAACUCUGGAGUUCUUAAAACGGAUCUCAAACCUGGCUUUAUACUCUCAGCGGCUGUUCAAAGUGUAGAAGACCAUGGAUACAUUCUUGACAUCGGCGUACAGGGCUCCUCUGGCUUCUUAUCCUUCAAAGAGGCCAAAAGAGGUGGUUUUGACGGCUCAAAGCUCCAUGUUGGCCAACUGCUCGACACUGCGGUUGUGAAGAUGUCCAGCAACGAGAGAAUAUGUACAGUUUCAGUCGAUCCUCAAGGCGUACAGUCAUCUUCAAUCACAGAAGUCAGCAACGUCACCUCCGUACUACCGGGAAUACUAGGUCAAGCAUUGAUCACGGCGAUUUCACCGAUUGGUCUCAAGUUACAGAUACUUGGCUUCUUUGACGCGACAGUUGACGAGUUUCACGUGCCCACUAACCCUGCUAAAGCAUUCAAGGUUGGGCAAAAAGUGAAGGCCCGAAUAUUGUACGAAAUUCCCGGAAGCUCGCCCCCGAAGUUUUCCGUGUCGCUGUUGGAUCACAUUGUCAAGCUAGAAGAGAAGCUUUCCACUGAUAGUAUCUCUGAGAAAGCUGCCAUUCACUUGGCGUAUCCCAUUGGCACGAAUUUGGAUGCAGUUAAGGUGAAACGCGUAGAGUCGGAACGAGGACUUGUCGUUGAAGUGGAGCCCCACCUUGAUGGAUUCAUUCAUAUAUCUCACACGUCGGAUGAUCAUGUCCCAACACUCUCUUCCUCCUCGGGCCCGUGGAGAUUGGACACCCUCCAUAGAGCGCGUGUGAUAGGCUAUCAUCCGUUGGAUGGAUUACUGCAGCUCUCCCUCCGACCUUCAAUUUUAGACCAAAGGUUCCUUCAGGCAGGCGAUAUACAAGUCGGAGAGGUCCUGAAAGGCACUGUUAAACGCCUGACUGAUUCUGCCCUAUUCGUAUCGAUCUCUUGUAAUGUGGACGGUAUCAUAUGGCCAAACCACUACGCAGAUAUACCACUCAAGCAUCCAUCAAAAAGAUUCAAGGCCGGAGGUAGCAUAAAAUGCCGGGUUCUUGCUGUCGACCCCGAACGCAUGAGAGUUGAACUGACUGCCAAAAAGACAUUGAUUGAAUCUACUCUACCAGUCCUGACCUCCAUCGAAGAGGCGAAGAUCGGGAUGAUUACAGAUGCAGUAGUGUACCGAGUUGUGGACAAGGGCUUGGUCGUCCAAUUUUACAAUGGUCUCAAAGCGUUUGUGCCGUCCCGCGAAGCAAGUGACUAUUCAAGCAAACUGAAGGAUAUGUUUGUCGCGGGCAGAGUUGUCAAAGUACGGAUUCUAGCCGUUGAACUGCAUCCCCAACGAGUUGUUGCAAGCAUUCGUCAGGCGUCAUCAUCAAAAGCUGCUAGGGUGACCGAUACCAGCGACGUUACAACGGGUGCUGUCACAGAGGGUGCUGUGGCAGUUCACAAAAUACCAGCUGUUUCAUCCCUGCGGCCGUCCCAUGCUCGCGAGCCCAUCCCUCCGAAGGCACUAGCCAAUACACGUGGCAGUCCAUUGCCACAAGUGAAGGCUGUGCCCACCCAACCGCAGUCGACGCGGAGAUCGCCCACUCCCAAACAGACUGGACCUUUGAAAGUUGCAGGGUUUUCUUGGUUCUCCAGUGGCGCCAGGUCUGAUGCGGCAUCUGACGAAGGGUCUUCAUCCGACGAAGGCAGUGAGGAUGAUGAGUCCAGCAAAAGGAAGAAAAAACGCAAGAAGAAAGAGAUUGAGCAGGACCUCACCGCUGACAUGCACGCCAAGCAUCCAGAAUCAAAUGCCGACUUUGAGCGGCUCCUCCUGGGUUCCCCAAAUUCAUCCUACCUUUGGGUGCAGUACAUGUCUUUCCUCCUUCAACUGUCCGAAAUCGAUAAAGCACGGGAGACUGGCCGACGAGCGGUUCAGACCAUCAGUUUCAGAGAGGAGGAAGAGCGGCUCAAUGUUUGGAUUGCUUUACUGAACCUCGAGAAUGUCUAUGGUACCGAUGAGUCGCUGGAGGCGGUCUUCAAAGAUGCUGCCCGACACAAUGACUCCAAAACCGUCCAUCUCCGCCUGGCGGCCAUCCUAGAUCAGAGCCAGAAACAUGAGGCAACAGAAGAUCAAUACAAACGAACCUGUAAGAAGUUUGGCUACAGUUCGAAAGUGUGGACUCUAUUUUGCGAAUACCACUUGCGACGUGGAGACUUGGAGCAGGCACGCAAACUGCUUCCGCGUUCACUGCAAAGCUUGGAAAAGCGCAAGCACUUGAAGACAAUAUCAAAAUUCGCUCAGCUCGAAUAUAAGCUCGGCGAUGCAGAACGAGGCAAGACUAUCUUCGAAGGGAUCGUUGACUCGCAUCCAAAGCGCUGGGACCUAUGGUCGUUUUAUAUGGAUAUGGAGGCAGGGCAAGGCGAUAUCCAAUCAUUAAGAAACAUCUUCAAUCGUGUGUUUGCCAUCAAAAUGACUAGCCAUAAAGCAAAGUCAUUUUUCAAGAAGUGGCUCGAACUGGAGAAGAAGAUUGGGGACGAGGAAGGUGCAUCGGCUGUCAAACAGAAGGCAGUCGAGUGGACACAAAAAGCUGCAUCCGCAUCACAAUGA